UGAACCAUGAAGCGCCCGAGUUCAAUUCUAAAGGCAACGAUCAUCAUAAACGAUCCGCCGCUCGAGCCGACAACACACAAGCGGAAAAAUGAAGCUCAUUGGCUUAAUUACAUUAUUGCUGCUGGCGCUGGACGCUGUGCAGGCUCAGAGAGCCAACUUAACAUCCUGGCGUCAUCAUCGUCGCCAAAAACGUUUUCUGAUCUAUCAAGACGGUGGUGUGAUAAAGAUGGUAACAGGUACCGCAUUUCCUGUUGAAUUUCAAGAAAAGAAUGCAUGGCGUCAGCUGGUCUGGCUAAUGAAUUAUCACUAUCAAUUUAGUGAACCAACUUCGCCGAUUUACUGGUGGAAACUCUGGAACUCUGGGCGGGACCUCAAGGGUCCCCUGAAACUAACCAAAGAGCAACUACAACAGCAACACCGCGUAGAGGAGAACAAAGUGGAUGAGCCACAGCUGAUGCUUUACGCCUUUGCGGAGGAAUACAUGAAUCGGAUUGGCCAGCAUGGCAAAGAAUGUCUCCAACGUUUGAUCUGUGAGAAUGGUCAGGUGCACGAGCACAGUGGACUUUAUGCCCAGUUGUUGCACAGGCUGCUAACACCCCAUAGAUCUUUGGAUGCGCGCUACGUGGACGCUUAUCACAUGGGCAGACAUGGCAUCAAUUGUCGCCGCGCUUAUCCCAAGGCAUCGCAUUGUGUCCUAGAUGAUUAUGUGCAUGUUCAUGAGCAUGGCCUAACGCAGAGUUACUCUUAA